AUGUCCCACAACCUAUACACGUCCGAGACGCCAGACGACGUCAAGAACGCCAAAGGCAUUCAUCUCGUUACCCAGAACACUCCCAAUGGCCAGGCUGUUCAGAUCUUCCUCGAGGAGCUGAAAGAUGCCUAUGGUCUGGAGUGGACUACAACGCUGAUCAACAUCUCUACCAACGUUCAAAAGAGUGACUGGUUCCUCCGCCUCGACCCUAACGGCCGCAUCCCCAUCCUCAUCGACAACACCCAGUCCCCGCCUUUCACCGUCCACGAAACCUCCGCCGAGCUCUUCUACCUCCUCAAAUUCGCCGACAAGCAAGACAAAUUCGGCUUCACCAACGACCUCGAGCGCAACCAAGCCCUGCAGUGGACAUUCUUCUGGCACGGCAGCGGAGCCCCCUACCAAGGCCAGGUCAACCACUUCUCCCGCGCCGCCCCCGAGAAGAUCCCCUACGCCAUCACACGCUUCAAGAAUGAGACGCUGCGUGUGUAUGGUGUGCUGGAGAUCCACCUCAGCGGCAAGUAUACCGGUGAGCCGAGGGAAUAUCUCGCGGGUCAUGGCAAGGGCAAGUACUCUGUCGCGGAUAUCAAGACUUGGCCAUGGGUCAAGGGAUGGGAGAGGACUGGUUUCACCAAGGAGGAGGUGUCAGCAUUCCCACACUUGCUGAAAUGGAUUGACCGCAUCGCUGAGCGACCAGCUGUACAGAGGGGUAUCGGCGAUGCGUAUGUCCAGUCGUAA